AUGUUACUGGUUAUUACUGAAAGGGAUUCUUAUUGCUAUAACGCAAUUGAACACAUUUUUGAAGUAGUUUUAACAAAGAAUAUCGAUGAGAUAUAUGUUUUGGUUCAUCCUGAUCAUGGUUCACCUUUGACUGUCUCGUCAUUAAUCGACCAGCUUGGCAAUAUUUACGAUAGUUUCUUCCAGUUGACCUCUGUAUCUAAGGAGAAACUGAAUAUUAAUGUGUUACUGUAUGAUGAAAAGUAUGACCCAGAAAUUGCAUCUCAGUUAUGGACAUCUGUGCUGUACACAGACUCGGUGGAUGUUUUCUCAAUUCCCAAGGCUUAUAUAGAACAUGUUGAUAAAAACAAAAUUCACUCCAUCUCUACCUCAACAAUUGAGUGCACAAUUGAGAAACAUAGGAAAUAUCGACUAUCCAAUCCUGAGUCAACGUACGAAUCUAUACCGGUCGUUGCCGUUGGCGGAACGUUUGACCAUCUACAUGACGGCCAUAAAAUUUUACUUACAGUUUCUGCUUUCUUGACAGGUAGACGUCUUAUCGUUGGGGUUACUGGUCCUGGAUUGCUUGGAAAUAAAAAGUAUGUGGAAUAUAUGGAGAGUUUUGAAAUUCGAGUUAGGAAUGUCAACAGCUUUGUGAAGAUCAUAAAGCCAGGUCUUUUUCCAGAUAUUUACGAAAUAAACGAUGUUUGUGGCCCGACAGCACAGGUGGAGAGCAUAGAUGCUUUAGUUGUUAGUUUGGAAUCUUAUAAAGGUGCUGAGUUUGUCAAUAAUAAGAGAAGAGAACUUGGUUGGAAACCUCUGGAUGUGUAUACUAUCGGUGUUUUGGGAGGCAAUGAAGAAACUUUUAACCAUAAAAUGAGUAGUACAGAUUAUAGAAAGGCUGAGUAUCUUAGAGAUCACGCUGAUCGUGUAUAG